CCAUUUUUAUUCUGAUAUCGAUAGCGAUUCGGCUCGCCGGGAUCCGGUAGGUGAGUCACGCUAAAACUCUUCUACCGAAACAUUUACCGCAAAAACGAAACCAGCAAACGCUUCCACACUCUGAAUUUCUUUUCACGAGCAUGAGAAGUCUGAGAGCUCACAAGCAAACAUUUUGACGAUAUUGGCUCCAAUUUUGGUUCAGAGACAGUUGUGAACUUCAGUUGGAAGUUCGUAUGGUAAAACGUGGCUUGUGCAUAUCGCGUUGCUAUUGAGUGCGGAAGUAGUCAGGAAUCAAAAUGGCGGCAGCGGAGUUGAAAUAUUUGAUUGUAGACAAGGAUUUGGUGAGUGAUCCAGCAUCUCAGGCAGAAUGGACGUCCAAGAGACUUGUCUGGGUACCGGACGAGGUCCAUGGCUUCGUGGCAGCAAGCAUCAAAAGCGAGAAAGGCGACAACAUCACGGUAGAAAUCGCCGACAAUAACAAGUCUCGCGUUGUGAACAAGGAUGACAUUCAGAAGAUGAACCCUCCCAAGUUCAACAAAGUGGAGGAUAUGGCCGAGUUGACCUGUCUGAAUGAAGCAUCAGUUCUCUACAAUCUCAAAGACAGAUACUACUCUGGCCUUAUUUAUACAUAUUCCGGCUUGUUCUGUGUUGUGGUCAACCCUUACAAGAAGCUACCCAUUUACUCAGAGAAGGUCAUUGAGCUCUACAAGGGCAAGAAGCGUCAUGAGGUGCCUCCUCACGUCUAUGCUAUCACAGAUACUGCAUAUCAUAGCAUGCUGCAAGACCGUGAAGACCAGUCCAUCCUGUGCACUGGGGAGUCUGGUGCAGGCAAGACAGAGAACACCAAGAAAGUCAUUCAGUACCUGGCCUACAUUGCUGCUAGUAAGGGAGGCAAAGGGACUACUGCCUCUCAGUUACAGCCUUCCCCUGUAAAGAAAGAUUUAAAUAGGACAUUUACAGGCGAGUUGGAGGCUCAGCUUCUUCAAGCCAAUCCUAUCCUGGAAUCCUUUGGCAAUGCCAAGACAGUCAAGAACGACAACUCCUCCAGAUUUGGGAAGUUUAUCCGUAUCAACUUUGAUACUUCAGGCUACAUCUCCGGAGCCAGCAUUGAGACUUACCUUCUUGAGAAGGCUCGUGUGACUCGUCAAGCUGCGACUGAGCGUGCUUUCCAUAUCUUCUAUCAGCUCUUUGCUGGAGCAACUGAUGCACAGAAGAAGGAACUGCUGUUGGAUGACAUCAACAAUUACAAAUUCCUGAGCAAUGGCCAUGUCCCUGUGGCAGGAGUUAGUGACUUGGAUGAGUUUGAUGCGACUCAAGAAGCGUUUGACAUCAUGAGUAUGACUGAAGAUAGCAUGUCCGUGUUCAAAGUUGUGUCUGCAGUGUUGUUGUUUGGAAACUUGACGUUCAAGUCGGAGAGGAACAACGACCAAGCCAUCCUUCCAGAAACUACAAUUGCUCAGAAGCUGUGUGCCCUUCUCGGCCUGAAUGUGACAGAUAUGACUAAAGCUUUGCUGAAGCCCAAACUGAAAGUGGGUCGUGACUUUGUCCAUAAAGCUCAGACAGUCGCACAGGUUGAGUUUUCGUCGCAAGCCCUUGCCAAGGCUAUCUAUGAACGUCUGUUCAAGUGGAUUGUGAGUCGCAUCAACAAGUCGCUGGAUCGCACCACACGCACUGGCGCUUCCUUCAUUGGAAUCUUGGAUAUUGCUGGAUUUGAGAUCUUCAGGAUGAAUUCUUUUGAGCAGCUGUGCAUCAACUACACCAACGAGAAGCUGCAGCAACUGUUCAACCACACUAUGUUCAUCAUGGAACAGGAAGAGUAUCAGCGUGAAGGCAUUGAAUGGAAGUUCAUUGAUUUUGGUCUGGAUCUUCAACCGUGCAUUGAUCUCAUUGAGAAGCCCAUGGGCAUUCUGGCUCUCCUUGAUGAAGAGUGUUGGUUCCCUAAAGCUACCGACAAGAGUUUUACUGAGAAACUUUGCAAGACUCACAUCAAUCAGCCUAAGUUCCAGAAACCUGACUUCCGUUCAGACAGUGACUUUGCCGUCCACCACUACGCUGGAAAGGUGAACUAUUCCGCUGCUGCAUGGCUGAUGAAGAACAUGGAUCCUCUCAAUGAUAACGUCGUUUCACUACUCCAGAACUCCAACGACCCCUUCAUCUGUAAUAUCUGGAAGGAUGCUACCAUUGUCAGCAUGAGUGCACUUGCUGGUGGAGAUUCUCCAUCUGUCUUUGGCUCCUCACGUACUCGCAAGGGUAUGUUCCGUACCGUGGGUCAACUUUACAAGGAUCAGCUGUCACGAUUGAUGGUCACACUACGCAACACUAACCCCAACUUUGUGCGUUGCAUCAUUCCCAACCAUGAGAAGAAGGCUGGUAAGAUUGAUUCUCAGCUUGUCUUGGAACAGCUUCGUUGCAACGGUGUCUUGGAAGGAAUCCGCAUCUGUCGUCAGGGUUUCCCUAACCGUAUCAUCUUCAUGGAGUUCAAGCAGCGAUAUGAGCUACUGACUCCCAAUGUUAUUCCUAAAGGCUUCAUGGAUGGCAAGAUUGCAGUCAGGAAGAUGAUCGAAGCCCUGGAUCUGGAGCCCAACUUGUACCGUAUUGGACAGAGCAAGAUUUUCUUCCGUGCUGGUGUGUUGGCUCAUUUGGAGGAGGAACGUGAUCUGAAACUGACUGACAUCAUCAUCCAAUUCCAAGCUCACUGCCGAGGCAUGUUGUCUCGCAGAUUUUACCAGAAACGUGUGCAGCAGCUGAGUGCUAUUCGUAUUAUCCAACGCAACUGUCUGUCGUAUCUCAAGCUACGUAACUGGCCAUGGUGGCGUCUCUUCACCAAGGUCAAGCCAUUGCUUAACGUGACUCGUCAAGAAGAUGAAAUGGAAGCCAAGGAUACUGAACUACGUAAGGUCAAGGACAAGCUGGGCAAGUUUGAGGGCGAUUACUCAGACCUGGAGAGGAAAUUCCAACAGAUUGUGGAAGAGAAGAGUAUCUUAGCUGACCAACUACAGGCCGAGGCGGAGAUUAGCGCUGAAGCUGAAGAGAUGCGAGCCAAACUUGCUGCCAAGAAACAAGAACUAGAGGAGAUCCUUCAUGACAUGGAAAGCCGUAUUGAAGAGGAAGAAGAACGUUCGCAGAACUUAGCCAAUGAGAAGAAACGACUUGGAGGUCACAUCCAAGACCUUGAGGAACAGUUGGAAGAGGAAGAAGCUCAGCGACAGAAGCUUCAAUUGGAUAAGGUCAGCCUGGAUGCAAAGGUCAAGAAAUAUGAGGAAGACUUGGCUAUACUGGACGAUAAUCAUGCCAAGUUAAUCAAGGAGAAGAAAUCAAUUGAUGAACGUUUGUCUGAUGCGGAGGCCACCUUGCUUGAAGAGGAGGAGAAGAAUAAAGGUUUGAUGAAGCUGAAGUCUCGUCAUGAAUCUACCAUCGGUGAACUGGAGGACAAAUUGCGUCGAGAGGAGAAGGGACGCAAUGACCUGGAGAAGGUCAAGCGUAAGAAUGAGACUGAUCUGAAUGACCUACGAGAACAGUUGAAUGAACUCCGUGCCCAGGUGGAUGAAUUGAGAGCUCAACUGGCCAAGAAAGAAGAAGACCUGCAGGCAGCUCUGCAAAAGGCUGAUGAAGAGAUGGCAGCCAAGAACACAGCUCUCAAGAACCUGCGAGAGUUGCAGAAUCAGGUAUCAGAGCUGACAGAAGAUCUGGAUGCUGAGAGAGCAGCGAGAAACAAGGCCGAGAAACAGAAGAAAGACAUGAAUGAGGAAUUGGAAGCACUCAAGUCCGAGCUGGAAGAUUCCAUUGACUCAACUGCAGCUCAGCAGGAGCUUAGAAAUAAACGCGAGUCAGAACUGACAGAUCUACGUAAAUCUCUUGAGGAUGAGACUAAGUCACAUGAAGCAACUAUCACUGAACUCCGACACAAGAACAAUGUCAUUGUAGAGGGUUUGAAUGAGCAACUGGAGACUUUCAAGAGGAGCAAAUCUUCCCUGGAGAAGAACAAGUCUAGUUUGGAGGCCAGCCAUGCUGAGCUGAAUAACGAUAUCAAGACAUUGACUCAGUCCAAGCAAGAGUCUGAGCGCAAGCGGAAGAAUCUGGAAGCUCAGUUAUCUGAGAUGUCCGUCCGUCUUACUGAGACAGAGAGGAGUCGUAAUGAGCUGUCUGAUCGUGCAACAAAGCAGCAGAGUGAGCUGGAGUCCCUGACUAUCCAGCUGGAAGAAUCUGACACUAAGGCCGCACAGUCCGGUAAAUCUGCUAACUCCCUCGUAGCUCAACUAGCUGAAGUCCAGGAAAAUCUGAAUGAGGAGACACGUCAAAAGCUGGAUCUGAGCUCCAAGUUGAGAGCCAGUGAGGAUGAAAAGGAACAGCUACAAGAGCAGCUUGAUGAGGAGGAGCAAGCAAAGAAUAACCUGCAGCGUCAAGUCAGCAGUCUGACUAUACAGCUCCAAGAUUCCAAGAAGAGACACGAGGAGGACCAGUCGUCUUUGGAUUAUGCUGAAGAGUCUCUCAAGAAAUCCCAGCGUGAACUUGAGGCAACGCAGACCAGACUAGAAGAAGUACUUGCUAACAGUGACAAAUUGGAGAAGACCAAGAAACGCCUGCAAGCUGAGCUUGAUGACAUUGUUGUUGACAUGGAGAAGGAACGAGCUUUGGUCAACAACCUCGAGAAGAAACAGAAGAAGUUUGACAGUCAUUUAGCCGAUGAGCGUGCUGAGAAAGAGCGUCUGUUGCAAGAGAAAGACCAGACUGACAAGGAACUCCGAGAGAAGGAGACUAAGCUGAUUUCACUCAAUCGUGAGUUGGAGGAGUUACAGGACCAGCUGUCGGACAGCGAACGCAUCCGGAAAUCCCAGGCAGCUGAACUUGAUGAGGUUAUGUCAUCCAAGGAUGAUGUUGGCAAGAAUGUUCAUGGUUUGGAAAAAUCCAAGAAAAAUCUGGAGACUCAGAUCGAGGAAAUGAGGACCCAGAUGGAAGAACUAGAGGACGAACUACAAGCCACUGAAGAUGCUAAACUGCGUCUGGAGGUGAACAUGCAGGCCCUGAAGACCAACUUUGAGAGGGAGGCACAAGCCAAGGAGGAGGCUCAGGAAGAAAAGAGGCGUGGUCUUAUCCGACAGCUUCGUGAGAUGGAAGGCGAACUAGAAGAAGAACGGAAGCAACGUGGGGGAGCAGUCAAUGCCAAGAAAAAGCUGGAGAUGGAUAUGAAGGAUUUGGAGGGUCAGGUAGAAGCGGCUAGUAAGAUAAAGGAAGACAGCAUCCGACAAGUCCGUAAACUACAGGCUCAGCUGAAAGAGUUCCAGCAAGACCUUGAUGAUGCCCGUCAAGCCAGAGAAGACCUCGCUGCAUCAGCUCGUGAAGCUGAACGCAAACUGAAGACAAUGGAGACAGACUCCAUGCAGCUGCAGGAGGAUCUAGCUACAUCGGAGCGACAACGACGGAAGGCAGAAUCUGAUAGGGAUGAACUGCAAGAAGAGAUCAAUAGCAACAUGACCAAGGGCAACAGUCUACUAGAAGAUAAACGUCGACAGGAACAACGCAUCGCACAGCUGGAGGAUGAGCUAGAAGAAGAACAGACAAAUGUUGAGACAUUAAUGGAGAAAGAGCGCAAGAAUUCCCAACAGUUAGAGACCAUCACCAACGAGCUGGCCUCUGAGCACUCAUCCAACCAACGACUUGAAAAUGCAAAGAUGCUGUUGGAGCGACAAAACAAGGAGCUGAAAGCCAAACUGCAAGAGCUGGAGGCGUCUGUGGGCAAGAAGAGUAAAGCAGUCAUAGCUCAGAUGGAGAGUAAGAUUGCACAGAUGGAAGAACAAUUGGACGCAGAGACAAGGGACCGUAACACCCAAGCCAAAAUGGCGAGACGUGCUGACAAGAAAAAUAAGGAAUUGGCCAUGCAAGUUGAAGAUGAAAGGCGACAUGCUGAUCAGUACAAAGAACAGGUUGACAAGGCCAAUCUUAAAAAUAAGAACCUGAAGCGUCAACUUGACGAAGCUGAGGAUGAGUGUACACGAAUCAACGGUCAGAAACGCAAGGUGCAGCGUGAGUUGGAUGAGAUGAAUGAAGCCAAUGAGGCUCUGACGAGAGAGGUCAACUCACUCAAGAGCAGAAUGAGGAGUGGUGGUGGUGGAUCCUCUCGUCCAAGUCGUUAUGGGGGGCGACGAAACGCUCCAGUUGAAAGCACCAGCUCUGCCGAUGAUUUGCCUGAUGGGGCUGGCGAUGGUGUGGAGUAAAUGAACAACAAACACAUGCACAAUUUGUUCUUCCAUUUCUGUCAGGUAGAGGGCGCUUUCCAUGCACAGUGGUGCAUGUAUGAUAUAUCCUGCAAGCAUUUUGCAUAACAUAAGAUGGCUCCUAGAAAAUAAACCAAUCUUGAGAGUACAAAACAAGUUUCAACAAAGGUUAAGGAAAGGGCAGUGGUAAUUUGAAAAGCUGGUUUUUUUUUUUAACUUGAUAUAAUUAUUCUUGUGUAUAGCAUAGACUUUUACACAGCUUAGUGAGUUUUCAUUUAAUUUCAGGUUUUUCCCCUCUAGUAUUAAUUGUAGGUUUUUGAUUAUUUUCAUGGCACUAGUAGAUCUUGAACCAAAUCAUAUUUUUUUUGUUACAUUAACCAGUUAUGGUUUGCAAACUAGAAUUUCAUGCACUUCCAUUUAGCAGGGUGUAAAGGUUUUUUUGUCUGAGUUUCUUUGUGGCAAUUAGGAUUGAUUUCUGCUGCACUCAUCAAUUUUCAGUCACACAGUUAUGCUGGGUUGGGGAUACGUUUGAUGUUUCAGACAUUUGAGUACUGUAGAUGAUUGCCUGAUCGUUAGAUUUGAAUUCAAACUAUCAACCUCAAAUAUGAAAUCAAACCCAAAAAUGUAAAUGCUAAAAUGUUGCUAAAUUAGACAAAUUCAACUUUUUUCUCUUUAUCAAGAACAGACAAUUGCAUUUUGUAUAUUAAAAGUCUGCUUCCACUAGAAUUCGGUUCAUAAUUGAUGUGUUUGAACAGUUGAAGAAGUGACCGUGGCAUUUCAACUGAAAAUAAUACGAGAUUAAUCCAAAAAGUGAAAAAAAGGUUGUAGCUAAUAUGAGCUUUAAUAUUGACCUCUGUGCUGUAGAAUAGAACUAAACCUCAUGUGGUCUGAAAAUAAAAUGUUCCACAAGGUCAAGUUUGCAAUAAACGUUUCUGAUACUUUAAUUAAAAAAAGUAAGCAUUGAUUUUUAUAUUGAACCAAACAAGUAAGGACAGUUUAUAUAUUUAGUUUAAUGAUAGAAUAAAACAGUUUUUCAUCAGCGAUAGUAAUAUAACCCAUUUCUUUUGACUUUAUUUUUCUGUAUGCAAAAGAUAACCCCUAUGCUAUUUUGUUAUCCAAUAAGUUGUUAUACUAAUACUUAGACAUUUAGAUACAAUGGAGCGGUAUUUAGUGUGUAUUUUAUUCCUCAUAGAAAAGUCAACUUUACUCUGCAGUUUUGCCUGUCAGAAAGUUUGCAAAAAUUUUGGAUUUGCUUGAAAUUGUUUUGUAAGCUUUAUGAAAGAAAAUGACAUUACUGAUUGAUAAUGGGUAUUUUGUUACUUUGUGCUGAAUAAGGGCAGACAAGCUAAUCUGUUAAACCUGCAAAUUCCAGCCAAUGUAUAAAUGAUUGGAAUGUGUUUGCUUGUGGAAAGGCAUUUAAUUAGGGUAGAAUAAGGAACUUACUGUGCUAAAUUCCAGAUAAAAGAAUAAAUAACUCACGUGUGGGAUGUUUCUGGAUACUGGGGUUUAUUUGAGGUUUAUAGCUCUCAACAAUUUUCUCUUUCGGCUCUUUGACAAAUUAAAGAUUGAAAUCGUUUAAUGCAUUCCAGAAAAAAAAAAAGAUGUAGAUUUCCAAGUUUUGCUGAUAAAAGACCUUUGGUUUUUGGUGAUAGUCUAGAAGAUUUUUUUGGUUUUGAUUCCCUUUUUUUUGUAUGUCAAAACUACAUUUUGUCACUUUAAAGUGACGUAGAGAAUCGUCUUUUUGGGUUUUUUUUUUUGCUUGUACAUAAUGAAAUGGAUUAAGCAAUGAGAUUUGCUGUAAAUGAAGCCAGAUUUCUGCUUAGGAAAAUUGGAUAAAUGCUAACAGAACAAACUGUUAAAGUCCUUACACUUCCCUGUGUAUUUCUAUUAUAUCAGGUCAUGGUGUACUUUCUAAAGCUGUACACAUGGUUAACCAGUAAUGACCCAAGACUAACAUUUACGUUGUGUAGGUUUUAUUCUUUUAAUUUCAAUCUUAUGAGUGAUCUUGGAGAUGCCAAUUCCAUGAGGGGACACAGAAUAUUUGGGGCAUGCAUUAAUUUUAAUGAAGUACUAUUUCCCUGGUAUGUUAAUAAUAUGUUGCUCGCUAAGCUGAGGUUUGCUUUUGGAAAUAAGUAAUUUUACUUAGAGCAAACAGGAUUACGGAUUAAAUGCAUAUUUUUGCUUAUUUACAUUUUGAAUUGAUUCUUAGAUUAAUGUGCUUUUAUAAGUUAACAGCAGCAGUUUGGUUUAUUUUAUACUUCUGUUGGAGUUAGUCCAGCAAUCGUAGACGUGUAUUGUAUGUUAUAUAUAGUGCCUUGGUGGUGGUUUUUGAUACUUCAGAUGCUUGGUAGCCUGGCAGCCAUUAUGUUGGAAACUUGUUUAAAUGCGGCUAACUAUAAAAUGCAGUUUAAUGUUCAUACACAAGUUUGAUGACCCAGGCAUCAAUCAAAUGUUAACGCAUCAUCCCAAAAUUUAGUGUUUAUGAGAUACACAGCAAAUUAUAAGACUAACCCAAACUUUAAUGCAGUAAUCUUGAAGUAAUGAAAUUCUAAACUGUUAGGAUAGAAAGACUUGCGUAAAACUUGGGAUAUGUAGGACUUUUUUUAAUAAGAAACAAAUGAGUAGACUUGUAUAUCCCUUGUAUGCUUAUUAAUACUAUUAUAAAAUAAUUGUCAAGCUCAUAAAAAAAAUUCAAGCUAUUAAUCUUUGAAAACCUUGCAAAUUUAAUAAAUAACUCUGUAUUGAUAA